CACCGCGCUCCCGCCGCCCGCCCGCACCGGCGGCUGCGCGCCUCGCCCUGAAAGCCCUUCCGCUUUGCGUUUGCUCCGGAUUUUUGCGUGCUUUCCCCCGCCGUGCCGGGCAGCAUGGGGCUGCCGGCGCUGGAGUUCAGCGAGUGCUGCCUGGACAGUCCGCAGUUCCGGGAGAGGCUGCGCUCCCACGAGGCCGAGCUGGAUAAGACCAACAAGUUCAUCAAGGAGCUCAUCAAGGACGGGAAGUCGCUGGUCGCCGCCCUCAAGAAUCUCUCAGCUGCCCAGCGCAAGUUCGCGGAUUCCCUCAACGAGUUUAAAUUCCGCUGCAUCGGGGACGCUGAGACGGACGAUGAGAUCUGCAUCGCCAAGUCCCUGCAGGAGUUCGCCACGGUGCUGCGGAACCUGGAGGACGAGCGGAUGCGCAUGAUCGAGAACGCCAGCGAGGUGCUGAUCACGCCGCUGGAGAAGUUCCGCAAGGAGCAGAUCGGGGCUGCCAAGGACGCCAAGAAGAAAUACGACAAGGAGACUGAGAAAUACUGUGGUGUCCUAGAAAAGCACUUGAACUUGUCUUCCAAAAAGAAAGAAUCCCAGCUUCAGGAGGCAGACAGCCAGGUGGAUCUGGUUCGGCAGCACUUCUACGAGGUCUCCCUGGAGUAUGUCUUCAAGGUGCAGGAGGUGCAGGAGAGGAAGAUGUUUGAGUUUGUGGAACCUCUGCUGGCCUUUCUGCAGGGGCUCUUCACCUUCUACCACCACGGCUACGAGCUCGCAAAGGACUUCAGCGACUUCAAAACAGAGCUGACAAUCAGCAUCCAGAAUACAAGAAACCGCUUCGAAGGAACCAGGUCAGAGGUGGAAGCUUUGAUGAAGAAGAUGAAGGAGAAUCCCCACGAGCACAAGAACAUCAGCCCUUACACCAUGGAGGGCUAUCUCUACGUGCAGGAGAAGAGGCACUUUGGGACCUCCUGGGUGAAGCACUACUGCACCUACCAGAGGGAAUCCAAGCGCAUCACCAUGGUGCCCUUCGACCAGAAAUCAGGAGGAAAAGGGGGGGAAGAUGAAGCUGUCACCCUGAAAUCCUGCACCCGCCGGAAAACAGACUCCAUUGAGAAGAGGUUCUGCUUUGAUGUGGAGGCUGUGGACAGGCCCGGGGUGAUCACCAUGCAGGCGCUGUCGGAGGAGGAGCGCAGGCUGUGGAUGGAGGCCAUGGACGGCCGGGAGCCGGUGUACAACUCCAACAAGGACAGCCAGAGCGAAGGCACUGCCCAGCUGGACAGCAUCGGCUUCAGCAUCAUCAAGAAGUGCAUCCACGCUGUGGAGACGAGAGGGAUCAAUGAGCAGGGGCUCUACAGGAUCGUGGGGGUGAACUCCAGGGUUCAGAAGCUGCUGAGUAUAUUGAUGGAUCCCAAGACAGCCACAGAGACAGACACAGAGAUUUGUGCAGAGUGGGAGAUCAAGACCAUCACUAGUGCACUGAAAACAUACCUGAGAAUGCUCCCAGGGCCCCUCAUGAUGUACCAGUUUCAAAGGAGCUUCAUCAAAGCAGCAAAGCUGGAGAAUCAGGAGUCCAGGGUGUCAGAAAUCCACAGCCUCGUGCACCGGCUCCCAGAGAAAAACAGGCAGAUGCUGCACUUGCUCAUGAACCAUUUGGCAAAAGUUGCAGAUAAUCACAAGCAGAACCUGAUGACUGUUGCUAAUCUGGGUGUGGUGUUUGGGCCGACGCUGCUCCGACCUCAGGAGGAAACGGUCGCUGCCAUCAUGGACAUCAAAUUCCAGAACAUUGUGAUUGAGAUUUUAAUAGAGAACCACGAGAAGAUAUUUAACACGGUGCCAGAGGCUCCGGCGUCGAACUCGCAGCUGCUGUUAUCGCGCAAGAAGAGCUCGGAGUCGAAGCCGCCCUCGUGCAGCGAGCGCCCGCUGACGCUGUUCCACACAGCCCAGCCCAACGAGAAGGAGAACAGGAACAGCAUCAUCAACUCCAGCCUGGAAUCCGUCAUCUCUUCAAAUGUAAACAGCUUCCUCAACUCCACCAGCGCUGCCCAGCCCAGCCUGAACUCCAGUGAUCUUGAGCUAGAAGUAAUUAAGCCCAACAGGCCAAAUUCCCUCCCUCAGAAUGCAAGCCCAACGUCACCCCUGUCACCGUCCUGGCCCAUGUUCUCCGCGCCAUCCAGCCCUAUGCCCACCUCCUCCACGUCCAGCGACUCAUCCCCCAUCAGCUCCCCCCUGCGCAAAGCCCGCGCUCUGUACGCCUGCAAAGCCGAGCACGACUCCGAGCUCUCCUUCACGGCCGGCACCGUGUUCGACAACGUUCACCCAUCGCAGGAGCCCGGCUGGCUGGAGGGGACCCUCAACGGCAGGACAGGACUGAUCCCCGAGAACUACGUGGAGUUCCUAUAGGAGAGGGGUGCCCAGAGCCCCUGAGAGCGUUCCAUGGUAUCCAUGGGGGUCUGCAGGCCCUGUGCCAGGCUGGGAGCAGGGGCAGGACAGCCCUGUGCCCACUGCUGGGUGUGUGUGCCCAUCAGGAUAUCCCUGUGCCCACUGCUGGGUGUUGGUGUCCAUCAGGAUAUCCCUGUGCCAGGCUGGGAGCAGGGUCAGGACAGCCCUGAGCCCAGUGCUGGGUGUGUGUGCCCAUCAGGAUAUCCCUGAGCCCACUGCUGGGUGUGUGUGCCCAUCAGGACAGCCCUGUGCCCACUGCUGGGUGUGUGUGCCCAUCAGGAUAUCCCUGUGCCCACUGCUGGGUGUGUGUGCCCACCAGGACAGCCCUGUGCUCACUGCUGGGUGUGUGUGCCCACCAGGACAGCCCUGUGCCCACUGCUGGGUGCUGGUGUCCAUCAGGACAGCCCUGUGCCCACUGCUGGGUGUGUGUGCCCAUCAGGAUAUCCCUGUGCCCACUGCUGGGUGUGUGUGCCCAUCAGGACAGCCCUGUGCCCACUGCUGGGUGUUUGUGCCCAUCAGGAUAUCCCUGUGCCCACUGCUGGGUGUGUGUGUCCAUCAGGACAGCCCUGAGCCCACUGCUGGGUGUGUGUGCCCAUCAGGAUAUCCCUGUGCCCACUGCUGGGUGUUGAUGCCCAUC